UUUAAACUGACAAUAUGUAAGCAGAGAAAACACCCGCUUGGGUAAUUGAUCCAGUAUUGUCAGUUUGGACGAUUAUUGACUUUGGUACAGUUUGAUUAACCAUGUCCACACAAGAGACAGAAUUACCCGACAGUCAGGAGAGGGGGGGUUUGAAGAGAAAACUGACGGGUCCACCGAGACUUUUGCUGGGGAAGUCAAAAUCAAGGGAGAAACUGGAAGGUAAAUCUCAGAGAAGGCAAAGACAAGGUACAAGUUGUGAUAGCACAGCGGAGAAUAAUGAUCAAGAAAAUUAUGGAAAUGAAUCCUCACUUAUUACCCACCACAGCCCAGAAAACCCCUCAGAGGAGAAGGAAACCCAGCCAGAUGCUCCAGGAGAUACCUCAGGAAUUCUUGUAACAUUGGAGCAUAGUGAAAGCAAAGAUGAAAAUAUGGAAAGUAAAACAAAAAUGACCAGAAGCACUUCAAAAACAUCCAUUAAAAGGAUGUUUUCCUCACUCUUCAGGUGUGGAAAAAGGGAGGAAUCGGAGAGAACAGAAAACGAGACUUUGAAUCCUCAAAAAACAAAGAAAAACAGAAACAAAGCUCAACACAGUAUGUGUAACUCCAUGGAUGAGAAUAAACUGAGGGAUGUAAUCAAGGAAGUUCCUAAUGGGACAAGUAAAACUAGGCCUUUCUUUACAGUAUGGCCCCUUUGUAAGAGAUCUACCACAUCCAAUGUCAAUCUAGGAAGGGGAUGUCGAGAGCAAGACAAUAGCAUGGUUUUUCAGGAGAUAACGGCAACAAAAGGUUUGACAUUUAAAAAGAUCUACCGCAUCUUUCCAAAAAAGAAGAAAGCAUAUCAUAAUGAUCAGUUUGAGUAUAAUGCUCCCAAGCAAUCACAAAAAGAAGAAACUGAUCAACUGAAUCAAUCACCUGAGGCUGCUUUGGACAGUUCCAGUAUAGAAAAAGAAGAGAACCAAAAGGAAGAACAAGACAUAAAAGCGGAAAGCAUUCCAGAGACAUUUACAUUCAGUGCAGAGGUGAGCGUUAACACACAUAUUGAGUCUGACCACAUGGAUGAGAAUAAGGAAAUAUGCAUUGACCAAGAUGUUAAUAUAAAUAAAAAAGAAAACCAGGUAUUAAAAACAAAUGGUGUUUUGGAUUCUGAAUGUUGCAGUGAGUUUCCAGGCACAUCAUCAGGUGGUGAUCUGCUAGUCUUAAUUGAGAAGCCUAUUAAAAAUUAUGUCAAAUGCAAGCCAGUGAUUACUAUAGAGCAAGCAUAUUCAUCAGAGGAAGAGAACAUAAAUGAGACGCCUCAGUUUGAUGGUCUCACAGUGAAUGGAUCCUGGCAACAUUUAAGAAUAAACAGGCUAACAAGCAACACACUGCAUCCUUCUGACCUAAAUAUGUCUCCUGAACUGGACCACAGCCAUUGUAAUGAGACCUUACUGAUUCAGACGGCAAUUUCAAUGGUGCAAGCAGCCAUUCGUGGCGCUGUGGAGCAACUCACAAUCGAACAGCAGCACAAUCAGAUAAGUUUGGAUCAUGCGUAACCACACAUAUCUAUAUUCUUUAUUCAGCAAAUGGUUUCAUAUUUCUCUAUGAUGGUAUAAAUAAAGCUGUGUGUAACAGAUGGGAAAAAACGAGGAGGAAUUGGUGUGUAUAAACAAAC